CCUAAUCAACACCAGAAAUCAGUCAAAAUGAAGUUCACCAUUGCUGCCGUUGUCCUCGCCGCUGGCGCCUCUGCCAACUACGCUGCCUACUCGGCUGCCCCCAACGUGACCUACACCACCAAGGUUGUCACUGCCUACGAGACGUACUGCCCUGGUCCUACUCAGAUCACCUACGGCACCAACACCUACACUGUCACUGAGGCCACCACCCUGACCAUCACUGACUGCCCUUGCACCGUCAGCGUUCCCGUCUACACCACCUCGUCCGUUGCCUGCUCUACCUGCAGCAGCAGCAACCCCUACGUCCCUGUCUACCCUACUCUUACUCCUCCCGCCUACCCCUCCUCCAACAGCACUGCUUCCGUUCCCGCCAGCACCCCUGUUGAGACUCCUUCCGAGGUUCCCACCACCGGUGGUGUCUACCCUACUACCACCCCUACUGCCAUCCCCACUGCUGGUGCUGGAAAGGUUGCUACCCUCUCCGGCGCUGCUUUCGCUGGUCUUAUGGGUCUGGUCGCCUUCGCUCUCUAAAUUUAGAGCUCCUGGUUUCAUCUUCGCGUCGAUGACCUGCGAUUCUCUUUCGCGCCAAUAAUAUCUAAUGGGAAUGGUAGAAUACGCCUAAUCGGGAAAACAAAUGUCAUGACGGGAACCAGCGGGAGUUGAUUUGGGAGUGGGAUUCUUUGAUAGACUGGGAGGGGUUUUAGCAAGGC